AUGAAUAGGACAUUGUUCAUUGUCACAGUUGUUACCUUGCUGCUGCUGGUAUCAUCUAUCAAGAGUGUCGAUGCUGAAAGAAUCAAUAUUAUACAGGACGAUGUAUCUGAGGCAUCAGCAGCAGUAGUCUCAUCAUCAUCUUCAAUAGAUUAUGAGACAAGAAAUAAUACAGGUACAACAGAUAGCAGCAGCAGCAGCAGCAGCAGCAGCAGCAGCAGCAGCAGCAGAAGUAGUAGUAGUAGUAAUACACAAUCAAACUCAAUCAAUGAUGAUGGGCUCAUAACCGAACCAACAACACAACCUCCAUUACCAACACCAUCGAUAAUACCAACAUUCAUACCAACGACACCUCCCAACCCACCUUGCCAGGCUUGCUUCCCUGGCACCUAUCACAACAACAAUACAGAGGUCGCAAACUGCUCUCUGUGCGACGAUGGCUACUGCAGCUACGCUAGUGCAUGCACUUCCUGUCCCGCUGGUAGCUUUGCCAGUGAGAAUGCAUCAACCACAUGUGAGACCUGUCAUCCAGGCUUCAUAUCCAAGCAAGAGGGACAGGCUCAAUGUGAUCCAUGUCCACAAGGAACGACUAGUGAUGACACACAUACCAUCUGUGUCAACUGUCCAGCAGGCACUGCAUCAUACCAACAAGGCGAUGAAUGUCUACCAUGCCUCCCAGGCUACUAUAGUGGCGUUCGUGCAGAGUUCUGUAAUCAAUGUGAGCCAGGAACGUACAAUGAGUUCCUGGGUCAAUCCCAAUGCACAGACUGUGGCGUUGGAAAGUACAACCCAAUGAUGGGUCAAAAGGCUGCGACAGCAUGUAAGUCUUGUCCCAGUGGCAAGUACUGCCCUGAGCAGGCCACUCAACAACCAAUCGAUUGUCCAUCUGGUCACUACUGUCCACCAGAGUCAGCGGCACCACUGCCAUGCCAUUCUCUGUUCCAGUCGAGUACCAAUUCAUCGCGAUGCUCACCCGACAAAUGGUUCUACUUCAUUGUGGUUGGAGUUGCAAUGGUGAUAUUGAUAACGUCGGUGGCCAUAUGGAGGUACAAUCGAUACAAGAAACAGAAGAAGAUGGACAUUGCAAAGGAGGUCGAACGAUUGAUCCCCAAGCCAAUGGAUGGUCCAGAGUAUGGAGGAUUCUAA